AUGACAGUGUCGUUACUCAUUGGACAGAGGGGGGUCUUCGCGUCAUCCCACCAGCAGGGGGCGUGGCUUCUCUCUGACACCAACAUCAGCUGCAGAUUUAUGCAAAACAGCGAAGCGUCAUCCACCGUUAACGCUGCCGUCCGAACCCGUGAUCCAGGCCCUUAUUCCGCGGUACCGAGGCCCGAGCGGACUGGGAAUCGUGCGGAGGGUGUGACAGGAGCCCCGCGACCCCAGCAGAGGAGCUCCGCAGGCGCCAUGGAGACGGAUGGGGACCAGCAGAGAGCCUCGACCAAUGGCAGCGCAGCGUCAGGCACGAGCUCCCGCCCCUCUGCCAUGAACUCCAUGAGUCUGUACGAGCGCCAGGCCGUUCAGGUGAGUCCUCCCUCCAAGUCUGUGGUUCAUCUGCUAUAA